AUGUUCGGGGACCAGGCCAACAAGCUCAUUGCCGAGGCAAAGGCGGCGCAGAUGCUCGGGUCAAUACGCCCUUACAACGAUGAGCUCACCCGCCUGAUCUUGCUCGAGACGCGGCAGCUGCACGCGCACCUCACCGACCUCGUUUCGACUUCGGACUCGUCCGAUCCCUCGGUGGCGGCGCAGCUGGUGACGCACCACCUCUCGGCGCACCGCAACAAGCGGUGCCUGCUGGCCUACCACGCAUCGCGGCUCGACUCGCUGCAGACGCAGCUGUGGAAGAAUGGCGGCAACCUCUCGCAGACGCUCGACGACGACGGCACCAGGGACAAGCUGGCCGCCUCGGAAGUCGAGUACGCCAAAAAGUACCGCGACCUGGUCAACGCGUACAAGGGCGAGUUCCUCGACGUCCUCGACCUCAUGGCGCCCCUCGAGCGCAACGGCAGGGAGGACGCGGGAAUCGCGGGCGCCGCGGGCGAGUGGAGCCCACCGCUCGACCUGCUCGUCACCGUCGUCGCACUCAGGGAUGCCCGCGACGUCCAGACCGACACGGGCAGCAUCUCGCUGCGCAAGGGCGAGAGGAUGAGGGUAAGGAGAUCCGAGGUCGAAGCCCUCAUCGUCAGGAGGUGGGUCGAGGUCGUCGAUGACUGA